UUGUUAUUUACCUUUAAAUUACUUUUGUAUUAUAUUAAUAAAUUUAUAUUAUAUUUUUUUAUAGUAAUUUCAAAAUGAGUCAGUUUAGUGGAAGAGGUUAUCCUCUUGGUCAGGAUUCUUCCUUACCCUUUUCCGGGUUUAGAUUUUUCGUUCGGUUUUUGUAUUUUUCUGUUAUAUUUCAGGCUUCUAUUUCUUUUGUAUUCUUUUCUCUCGGUGUUCUUUUCUCCUUAAACUCGUUUCAUGAUCACAUGGUUGCUUUGUAUGCAUUUGUUUUUGGAGUUGUAACAUUCUUGUACAACAUUCCUUAUAGACCUGUAAAAAAUACAGUUCUCUUAUUCUUUCCUAAACUGGAGGAAGAUAUUGUGAAGCACACCUUUUAUUUUUUAAUUGGAAUUCCAGGCGUAGGAACCUCUGACAGUUUUCAAUACCAGCUUGGUUCAAUUCUUUUUUCUCUAGUUGGCUUUAUCGGGACUAUUGUUUCAUUUCGAAAUCAAAAUCUCAUUAGUUCCUAUAUGGAACCUUUCACUUUACCACAACAAGAACCUUAGAUUCUUAAUCUGUAUCAUAUUUUUCAAUUUUACUACAAUUUUUCACUCUUUUUAUUUGUUAAUAUCAUCUCCACUA